GCGAGGUGGCAAGAACAAACUGAUCCAGCGGAUGAACGAGAAAAUGCCCGGAGGAAGAACCGACACGCAGCCAAGCACGAGAUGUUCAAGAGCCGCUACCAGUGAGAAACACGCUUAGACGUAGGAUUUGCAGUGAAAUAAACCGCGCUGGGAUGAGAAUAAGCUGACUUUUAUUUUACAGCAGAGUCCAGAGAAUUACGCAUGACGCGCAAAUCCAAGGUGAACCAACUUUUACGCAUGACCCUUUGGAGUUUGUGGGGUUCAAAAUGUGACCGCGAAGUUGCAUUGUUGUUACCUGUAACUGCGGUUUUGGAACAGGAACUUGCAAUUUGAUCAUUUUUACUGGAUUUUUGUCCGGAAAGUGGAAGAAUCAAACACCUUGACACACGCGCACGAAUAUUUGCAUAUUUGUAGGACGUUAUUUGGACUGUCUCUUGCAUUACAUACUGAUACAACGGGAACUGUGUGGAUGCACUUUUCUUGUUUCCCAACACCCUGCGCUGCGCACUUCUCGCACUGUGCUACCCUUGACGUCUCCUGAGUUUUCCAAAAAAGCGAUAUGGACAGAGUCAGACGUCUGGCCUGCGUGUGAGUCACCGUGAGCAAACAUUUGGACAAACGGCGCUUAUAGGCAGUGACACAUUUGUGGGUAUUUAACAGUGAGUGCUUUGCACAAGGGGUCAGCACACGACACCGGGACGACGCUCGGUGCAGCUGGGGGAUUGGACGCCGAAGUGCUAAAUGCCCAGCCGGUCGCUUGCGGCUCCUCUGGCUGGGCGGCAACAUGAGGUCCUGGGUCCUGGUGCUGCUGCUGGCUGCGCUUUUAGUGGCCCGUCUCCGGCUCGGCAGCGCUGAGGGCGAUCCACUCCCUCCAUCUCUGGUCGACCUGGUGGGGAACUCUCCCGUCUCCUCCGUGGAAGAUCUGAAGUUGCUUCUGCAGCAGGAGACCAAUGCAAUAGAAGAGGAUGAGGAUGAGCAUGAUAUUCUCUCAAACCAUACCCAAGGUCGCUACAUUAGAAGUCUUGUGGACGCGCAGCCGGCCCAGCAGGCGGUCUGUAAAGUUCGAACAGAGGUGAUGGAAGUAACGAGGUCUAUGCUAGACCGCCGCAACGCCAACUUCCUGCUGUGGCCGCCAUGCGUGGAGGUGCAGCGUUGUUCAGGUUGCUGCAACACCAGACUGCUGCAGUGUGUUCCCACAGUCACCUCUAGCAGAUACCUACAGGUGAUAAAGAUUCAGUACAUUAACAAGAAGGCCCACUAUGAAAAAGCCAUCAUCUCCGUGGAAGAUCACGUCAGCUGCAGGUGCCAGACCCUGUCCUCCUCUUCUUCUUCUUCCACUUCUUCCUCCUCAUCUGUUCCCAUCACUCGCUCCAACCCCAUUCCUGCUCCACCUCCCCCACAACAGCCACUCCCGUCCUCCCAUAAUCCCUUGCCUGUUCCCCGGCCCGUCCAGCCUUCUUCACCCAAGACUCACACCUCCAAGGCUGACCUACAUCGCCACGAUGACCUAAAGUACAACCAGCAGCAUUACAGUCCUGAGGAGCGUGAGCCGGUGGCAAGGCAGUGGCAGCAGGGCAGUUACACCCAGCUUGUACACUGGACCCAGCCCAGGGUGCAUCAGGCACCCAAACAUGUGCAGACAGGGGUUCACCAGACAGUGACUGGGAUGGUUGGGCCGGUCAGCAGCUGGCCAUCUGAAGCGAGGGCGGAACACAGUGUCAUGGGAAGUACGCAGCAGGUGGGACACGGGAGCGGGUUUGAUGGGAGCAGGGAGGACAGCGGUGUACAUACGUCAAACGGUGGUGGUGAAGUGCAUCAUCCUGAUCACGCAAAGAGGCAGCAACAGUUGUUACAGCAUCAGCAGAGACAGCAAUAUCAGCAGCAAUAUCCGUAUCAUCAUCAGACACGUUAUCCACAACAGUACAACCACGGAGGAGCUGAGGAUCGAGAGCUGAGGACGCAGUAUCGCCUCAAUGCUCCCCAAUCAGACAGUGCCUACCCCCCUGCCAGCCAAACAGAGCCACCCAAAUUUGAAGAAAACCCCACCCUUCCACUAUCAACCAUCCAGAAAGACUUUGCAACCAGCCAAAAAAAUAUAGGGGUCAAAAAUCACAAACAGACUGAGACUGAAACAGACAGUCAAAAAGAAGGGAAUCAGAAGGAGGAAGGCAGCUCAGCCAAUAGCGGGAACUUGGCUUGCACAGAGCUGGCCAAUCAGGGGAAGAAAAAAGACUCUAACAUGACCAGUGAGGAUGGUCGCUUAACAGAAGCUGAGAGGAAGCAGAAACUUCUGGAGUUGGUACAGAAGGAACCAGAUGAGCAGACUCAUCUUCAUCAGCUUCAUCCUCACCAAAGACCAAAGCCAACCACAUUUAAAACAGCUUACUCUACGAUGGCUCCCAUUUCGCCUUCAGCUCGUAAAGCCCAGUUUCGCUCUGCUUCGCCCCGCCGCAGGAGAAAACACCGCAAACGCAUCAGCAAAGCAGCUAUGAGAGCUAUGAUCAUGUAAACCUGCAAGGAAGCGGUAAAGCUAACCAAAAGAUUUCAGCCCGAAACAUUGCUCCAAAGGAAAUGGAGACACAAGAAGAGUGGGUUUCUUAAACGUCGGACAGUCCAGACUCGUACUGAGGACUGAGAGCUGAGGGUGCCAACGGUUCUGCUGUUUUCAAUGGAUGGCUUCACACAAAGUCACCUGCUCCAGAGAUGCCACAGACCGUCCAGCGUUAAGGAUUUUAUAAAAGUGCAAUCAAAUGAACUCUGCGGACUAGAGGGUGUUUGACACACUAAGCACCAGAUUUCAUUUCUUUGAACCACAAAUCCAGCUGAUGUGGACUGAUAAAUGGAAGUGUGUCAGGUGCUGAAACAAGGCUAGACUGGUGGUCUCUACCUGCAGUUUGCAGCCAUUGACUGGCUGUUGCAACUCAUUUGACCUCUGCCUUGUUGUUCAUCAAAUGGAGAAUCUGACUCUGACUUUGGACUUGGAAGUCAGUGUUUGGGGCUCAGAAGUGGAGAACUGGAUUUCUACACUGGGAUGAUAACUGGAAACUGCAGAGUGCAGCUCAGGCCUCAAUGCCAAACCUUACUGUUAUCCUAAAAUGUCUAAUGUUAUCUAACACUGGAGUAGCCAUACACUGACCAUACUACACUGAUUUUAGAAAAGUGCUGUACUGUGUACUGUAGCUAAGUGUUCUGGAAAAUAUCAAUAACCUGCUCAUUUUGUACUACUGCCAGAUCAAAGUGGAAUGGAAUAACAACUAAAUGCCUGCUUAGAUAUCCUGCUAUGAAUAUCCACAUUAAAGCAAGUCUUACAGACCUGGCCUUGUAGAGAUCGCUGUGAGCCAGUUAUAGCCAACACUGUAUUGUAUAAACGCUUUUAGAAAAUGAUCUCCAUGAGGAAAAACAAAAACUUUAUUUCUUAACUUAUUUUAAAAAAGGAGGCAUGUGAAGCCCUCUGGUUCUCAAGUGUAAUUAUUGUUGUUUGAGAUUAUAAUUAUUGGUUGUACAACUGUUACUGUAAUGAAUGUUAUUUUUAAUAUAAAAUAAAAAUAUUGAAGGAAAA